AUGGCGGCAGGAAGGAGGCGGGAGAGGUUGGGACUCCAUGUGCGACUGCUAGCGAUUAGCGUGCUACUGGUAGCAGAGUUUAGGGUCAACGGCCAGAACAACGAGAGGAGGGUUCUGGCUCACAUCCCGGGCGACGUUAUCAUCGGAGCCCUGUUCUCGGUCCACCACCAGCCGCCUGCGGACAAGGUGCACGAGAGGAAGUGCGGCGCGGUGCGCGAGCAGUACGGCAUCCAGAGGGUGGAGGCCAUGAUGCACACGCUGGAUCGAAUCAACGCCGACCCCAGCAUCCUCCCCAAUAUCACUCUGGGAUGUGAGAUCAGGGACUCCUGCUGGCACUCUGCCGUGGCCCUGGAGCAGAGCAUCGAGUUCAUCCGGGACACGCUGGUGUCCGCCGAGGAUGAGGAGAGUCAGGGCCGCUGCGUGGCCGAAACGGGCGGGGCCCCGGUGCCGCCGAGCAAGAAGCCCAUCGUGGGCCUCAUCGGACCGGGCUCCAGCUCGGUGGCCAUCCAGGUGCAGAACCUCCUGCAGCUCUUCAACAUCCCGCAGAUCGCCUACUCGGCCACCAGCAUGGAUCUCAGCGACAAGAGCUUGUACAAAUACUUCAUGAGGGUGGUGCCCUCGGACAUGCAGCAGGCCCGGGCCAUGGUGGACAUCGUCAAGCGCUACAACUGGAGCUACGUGUCGGCCAUACACACCGAGGGUAACUACGGCGAGAGCGGCAUGGAGGCCUUCAAAGAAAUGGCGGCCAAGGAGGGCAUCUGCAUCGCGCACUCGGACAAGAUCUACAGCAACGCCGGCGAGCGCAACUUCGACAAGCUCCUGCACAAACUGCGCGGCCACCUGCCCAAAGCCCGGGCGGUGGCCUGCUUCUGCGAGGGCAUGACGGUGCGAGGGAUCCUCAUGGCCAUGCGGCGCCAGCAGCUGGUGGGCGAGUUCCUGCUGCUGGGGAGCGACGGCUGGGCGGACCGCUACGACGUGACGGACGGCUUGGAGAGGGAGGCGUCGGGCGGCCUGACCAUCAAGCUGAAGUCGGCGUACGUGACCUGGUUCGACGACUACUACCUGAAGCUGAAGCCCGACUCCAACCCGAGGAACCCGUGGUUCCCCGAGUUCUGGCAGCACCGCUUCCAGUGCAAGCUGAAGGGCCAGGAGAGCGCCGCCUACAACCGCACCUGCAGCCGGAGAGAGUCGCUACACCAGCACUACGCCCAGGACACCAAGAUGGGCUUUGUCAUCAACGCCAUCUACGCCAUGGCCCACGGUCUGCACGCCAUGCAGCAGGUCCUCUGCCCGGGAUAUAAGGGUUUGUGUGAGUCCAUGCGGCCCAUCGACGGCCGCCACCUGCUGGAGUUCCUGAUGAGGACCAACUUCACCGGCGUCUCGGGCGAGACCAUCCACUUCGACCAGAGCGGCGACUCCCCCGGCAGGUACGAGAUCAUGAACUUCCAGCUGCUGGGCCAGGACCAGUACGCCUACGUGCACGUGGGCAGCUGGGACCAGGGCGGCCUGCGCAUGGACGACCUGGAGGUCUGGAACAACCAGAGUCGGCUCAUCAAGUCCGUCUGCUCCGAGCCCUGCCAGAAGGCCCAGAUCAAGGUGAUCCGCAAAGGGGAGGUGAGUUGCUGCUGGACCUGCACGCCUUGCAAGGACAACGAGUUUGUGUUCGACGAGUACACCUGUCGCUCCUGCCUGCUGGGAUCCUGGCCCACGGACGACCUGCGUGGUUGUGAGCCGAUCCCGGUGCAGUACGUCCGCUGGGGCGAUCCGGAACCGAUCGGCGCUGUGGUGUUCGCCUGUCUGGGUCUGCUGGCGACUCUCUUUGUCACCUCGGUCUUCGUCAAGUUCUGGGACACGCCCGUGGUCAAGUCGUCCAGCCGCGAGCUGUGCUACAUCAUCCUGGCGGGAAUAUGUCUGAGCUACUUGUGCACCUUCAGCCUCAUCGCCAAGCCCCAUAUCGUCUGCUGCUACCUGCAGAGACUCGGUAUCGGCCUGUCUCCCGCCAUGAGCUACUCUGCUCUGGUCACCAAGACCAACCGCAUCGCUCGGAUCCUGGCAGGCAGCAAGAAGAAGAUCUGCACCAAGAAGCCUCGCUUCAUGUCCGCCUGCGCACAAUUGCUCAUCGCCUUCCUGCUCAUCCUGCUGCAGCUCGCCAUCAUCGUGGCGCUGCUGGUCAUCGAGCCGCCGGAGGUGAUCCAUGACUACCCCAGCAUACGUGAGGUGCACCUGAUCUGCAACCUCACCACUCUGGGGGUGGUGGCGCCGCUGGGCUACAACGGUCUGCUCAUCCUCAGCUGCACCUUCUACGCCUUCAAGACUCGCAACGUCCCGGCCAACUUCAACGAGGCCAAGUACAUCGCCUUCACCAUGUACACCACCUGCAUCAUCUGGCUGGCCUUCGUGCCCAUCUACUUCGGCUCCAACUACAAGAUCAUCACCAUGUGCUUCAGCGUCAGCCUCAGCGCCACCGUGGCGCUGUGCUGCAUGUUCGUGCCCAAGGUGUACAUCAUGCUGGCCAAGCCGGAGAAGAACGUGCGCAGCGCCUUCACCACGUCCACGGUGGUGCGCAUGCACGUGGGCGACGCCAAGAAGGCGGCCAAGGCGUCCGGCAGCAUGGCCGACCUGUUCAGACAUCGCUCCUCUACGCAGGAGAACGUCAGCUCCAACGGGAAGUCGGCCGGCUGGGAUGAGAACGAGCGCAGCUACCGACCCAACCUGUGGAAGAGGAUGUCCUUCCAUGUCAAGAAGAAGGAGGCAGCGGAAGCCAACCAGACCGCCAUCAUCAAGCCCUUCUCCACCGCCGACUCUCAGCCGUCGCCCUCCUUCCAGGCCGCAGACGACGGCGAGGAGGGAGGAGCGUGGCGGGCGGCAGACAGCGGCGACAUCAGCGUCAUCGGCGUGGGCGAGCUGGGGGUGAUCGGAGGUCCGGCCACCGUCAUGGAGCAGAUCAACUGCGUGGUCAACAGCUUCAACGUCGCCGCCCCGCCGGCGGACGUCAGCCCGCCCAGAGGAAGACCCGCCCGCUCCGCCGUGACCAUGCACGCCGAGGUCGCCGCUUUCUGCGAGGGCCGAGCCACGGGGAAGCUGUACGAGCAGCUGGCGGGGACGUGCGCACGCAGACUUCGAGAGGCGGACGCUCUGGCCGCCCUGACCCCGCCCUCGCCUUUCCGGGACGCUUCGCUGAGCUCCGACAGUAGCUCCUCCCACUCCGGGGCGGAGUACGGCCAGCUUCUCCCGCGACACUACAGCCAGAGCGCCUCCUCUCUGUAGAGAGAAGGUGGGGGUUUGGUGACAUCUCCGGUGGGCUCCUGGAAUGCACCGAGGCCAUAAAAGUGUGCUAUCUCUGCCAAAACCCAGGCACAGGCAGCUGAAGAGAAGAACCAGGACACAAACUUUCAGGCUCAAAUUGUGGUUUAGACAAGAGAUGACUCAAAUGUUGAUUUGGCCAUGACGCAUUCCACCUGUUUGCUCUUUUAUUCCACUUUUGAUGGGGUUUUUUUUUUUUUUUUGGACACCCCUGAACUGGUUUGUUUGCCCACAGUCAUUCCCACACGCUGCUGACAAAGUCUCUGUUCCACUCCAAAAUAAUACACCAUGGGGCCACAGAAAGUUGCGAGUGCCGGCACUUUGACAAAGAAGGUGAGAAACACUAUUGAAAGUACAAAGAUG